UCUCUCACCCGCAUCUUUCCCAUAAUCGAAUCAAUUUUGUAAGAUUUGGAUCUGCUUCAUAGUUCGGAGGCAUCUCGGACUUAAAUGCAGAGCAAGGGGUCGAGCUACAGGCUUUCUGCCAUGGCCUAUCGGUCCCGGGUGCCAACUCUUCUGAUCUCCAUGUUCGCUAUUUUUGCUUCUUUCUACGUCGCUGGAAGGUUAUGGCAGGACGCAGAGAACAGGGUGUAUCUGAUUAGAGAACUUGACAGGAUAACUGGGCAGGGGCAAUCUGCGAUAUCUGUGGAUGAUACGUUGAAAAUCAUAGCCUGCAGGGAACAACAUAAGAAGCUUGAUUCCCUUGAGAUGGAACUUGCUGCAGCUAGACAAGAAGGCUUCGUUUCGAAGCGUUUGACUGAGACUAAUGGGACUUACACUAGGAAAGGGCCCUUGGUAGUGAUUGGAAUAAUCACAAGGUUUGGCCGGAAGAACAAUAGAGAUGCAAUCCGCAAGGCAUGGAUGGGAACUGGUGCGGUUUUGAAGAAAAUGGAGGAAAAGAAGGGUAUCAUUGCACGAUUUGUUAUUGGAAGGAGUGCUAAUCGCGGGGACAGUCUGGAUAGAGACAUUGAUCGUGAAAAUAGGCAGACUAAUGAUUUCAUGAUCCUUGAUAACCAUGUGGAGGCUAAUGAGGAGCUCCCAAAGAAGGCUAAGUUGUUCUUUGCUUUUGCUGCAGAUAAAUGGGAAGCUGAGUUUUAUGCCAAAGUCAAUGAUGAUGUUUAUGUAAAUAUUGAUGCAUUGGGAGCUACACUUGCAGCUCAUUUAGAUAAACCUCGUAUUUACAUAGGGUGCAUGAAGUCAGGCGAAGUAUUCUCUGAACCGAACCAUAAAUGGUAUGAACCAGAAUGGUGGAAAUUUGGGGAUAAAAAAUCAUAUUUUCGUCAUGCAUCAGGAGAGAUGUAUGUCAUAUCUCGUGCUUUGGCUAAAUUCAUAUCGAUUAACAGAUCAAUUCUCCGUACCUACGCCCAUGAUGAUGUUAGUGCUGGAUCCUGGUUUAUUGGGCUUGAUGUGAAGCAUGUUGAUGAGGGGAAGUUUUGUUGCUCAUCUUGGUCAUCAGGAGCGAUUUGUGCGGGUGUCUGAAUUGAUUGGUUAUCCCCUUGGAGUUAUACAGAUUGGACAUAUAUACUCGCACAUUAUUAGGAAUUUUGUUAUUCCUCAGAUUUCAAGUCCAUCUGUAAAACAGUCUCAGUUGCAAACUAGGGUAGUUAGCGGGUUGUUGA